GCUUGAUAUUAUUUUGACAACUUUGACGUAAUGAUUUUUUAGUGCUUUUACUAAUAUAACUCCCUUUUUAUAUUUAUUAAUCAGUCGUUCUGUUUAUUUUAAAAUUAGCACAAAGCCUUCAAGUAGUGUGCUAUGAAAAUUUCAAGUUAAUAUGGACGACGGUUUAAAGUUAUCUAAAGAUAAGCGUCAUAGGAGCUCCAGCAGCCUGGCUGGAGCCGUGUUAGACGGAACACGUUCCGAACGCAAACUGGACAUGAAGGCUUCUAUACCGGAGAUGGAUGACCAGUUUGCGACAGCUGAAGUACGAUGCGACGACCUUCAGGAGAAAAUUGAAUUAAUAAAAUCUUUAAAAAGGAAAAGGAAACUGAAAAAACGAAGCAUGACCAAAGUAACAGACCCGCCAAUGACACCAGAAAGCGUUCCAUUUAUAACUGUGCGUACGCAACCGAAGAAAACUUUGCUGAUUACAGAGGUGUCGCAACAAGCCGCAAGACUACGUCGGCUAGAGGUGCCGCCGAACCCUACAAGAGGCUACCUGGACCCUGCUACCGUGGAACAGCACCGCAUGAUCGGCCAAGUGCGUGGCUAUAACCAAACGUUCAAGCCGCAACAGGAAAGCUAUGGGCAAAUCCCUCUGCCUACCAUGGACCGGCGACUAUUUUCAAAACUGCGGCGGCAGAUUUCACAGGCUGAUGGUGACAGUAUGGGCGGUCGGAGCCACCCGCCCACCGAAGGGUUGGAGGUAGCUUGUGGACAAGAUGACACGAUUGAAGAAUAUUCUAACUUCGACGUCUUUAGCCAAGCGCCUGACUACCCAGUCGUUACUCCUAAGAAACCCACGGAUUUGCGUCAUAUGAAGCAAACUAGUCGGCGACGGCACGUUCCCAAGGAAACUAUAUCUAAAGAAGGUGGAACCGAUCAAGUCUUUGAGUCCUGGCAAGCCGGCGCACAGGGUGAACUGCCGAUACCUCGCCCUCGUCGACACACCACUAGAAGUCAUCAAUCUACUGGUAUAGAUGAAAUGACAAUAAACGACAAAGGGGAGGACCGGCCAGUGGUGGAACUGUUCAACAAGAGUCGGCACAAUCCCGGGGACGCACGGAGACUAGCUGCCGCGGCGCCGCCCCCGGCACCUCUAGCGUCCCAUGCAACCCACGAACCCCAGAAGAGAACCAAAAAAGUUCGCAAUUCAAAGUACGACGAUGAUACUGCUCAGAUUGAAGACAUUUUACAGGAACCAAAGAAGAUAAAUCACGAAGGAUCACAUCAUCCUCGCCGCAUCAAAUAUAGAAGUCGUCGUUACGAGCUGCCUACAGUAGCGUCUCAGAUGAAGCAGGCUGGCAUGCGGUACUACUACGGGACAUCCAACCACACCAACAUACCGUUUGUAGUCAGCAAGAGUACCGCGCCCUCACACAACAUCGGCGUCAACAUACAACAGGUGUUAAAUGGUCUUAAAAUACAACAACCAUUAUCAGGCAUACCUCUUACUAUAGCGCAUCACAUGGGUUUAGGCCACGUACCGACAUAUGGAGCGAAGAGUACAGUCGUCGAGCCGUCUCUAGACCACCGCGAGAUAAAUGCGAUCCGAGUCGGUCAGCGGCUGCUACGACUGCCGUCUUACAAGUACAUGUCCUACAACCGACUGCUGACUCUCUACCGCGAGGGAGACGGCAUGGUGCCCAGGUUCCUCCGGGCCAUUUCACGUCCUCACUACUUCUACACCUCCAUGUACAACAGCCUCGCGACAAAUCGAGAAGAUUUUGAUGGGGCGACGUCGAAAGGUGGUCGUGGUGGUAGCCAGGAAGCCAAACAGAGUCUCGCAGAGUACGCCAGUUUGUACCGAGAGUACGAACAAGUCGAUAAGUGCAUCAAGGAAGGUAAUUUCGAGCCUGAACUAGAGCGUCGCAGGAACGAGCUCACGAAGGAGUUGGCUGCCCGGGAAGAGCAUAUACGCAGAGUGGUUCAAGAAUAUCGAACAGGCGGUGAAGGAGACCCAAUCUUACGCGCUUCGGCUUCAACGGCCGAAGAGGGUUACCGGCACUCCUCCUUUAAGUUGGGAGACACUCAACAGUAGACAAUGCGCUAACCGUCGCUUGUCUCUUCGUUUUCUAAUGUUUCACUUGAUACAACAAAAAAAAAACCCGAAUACAUAGUUUGCGCUCCAAAAACGUCCUCAUAGUAAACCUAAUGCAACAAAAGUGACUCGGACCUGUCAAUAAAAAAAUAUCAUAUUUCUAUUUAUUUAUGUAAAAAUUGUAAAAUAUUGGAAAUGAAUUGUUAUAAAUUAAUGAUUAAACCGCUUGCCGUAUAGUCGAAGAUUACAAUUAAGAUCGACCUUCAUCUUUCUAAUAACCGAAAGAAACAUUUUUGUAUAACAUUUUAUACAUAUGUAGACAAAUACCUCUUGCAUGUAUUGCCUAUUGAAAUUUGUUCAUUGCUAUUCCAAAAUAUAAAAAAUAUAUUGAUUAACCUUUUUAGCACUUUUUACCCUUUUUAGCAAUUUUUCAUCAUUGACACUGGUACAAUGUUUGAUGCCACAAAGGUUACUCGUACAUUUUUUUAUAAUUGCUUAAAGAAGUUAAUUAAUAUAUUUUAAAUUAAGAAUGAAUAGGAACUAAUUUUGUUAAGCAAUACAUACAAGAUGUAUUUGUAUGUGUAUAAAAUUUUAUAUAAAAUAUAUUUCAUUUGGGUAUGAGAUGGGUGAAGGUCGAUGUUAAUUCGGAUCAUGUGCUAGUAUGUGUAAUGUUGGAUUGUAAAAUAUUUGUUUAUUUUAUUCAAACGUCUAAAAAAAUAUUUACCUUCAUGUCUUCAUCGGAGUUGUAACAUCCUUCUCCACUGUCCCACUCAUUGAACGUUAUCAAUACUUUAUAUUUUUACUUUUAUGAAUCUUGAUUGUAAAGUUUCCUGAAAUGACUUCAGCUUCUUUAACACGUACAUACAUAUUAUGUAUGUGCUUUAUUCGUAGGAAUUUUCUUAUCUUUUCCUUUUUUACUUUUCUAGUAAGUUGUUGCCCAUUUAUCAAGCCUUGUCAUUUAUUGUUGUACAUACCUACAUAGUUUACCUUUAUGAUGCUUACUUAUUAAUACGAAGUGUGUAAGUGUAAUCACGUAUUUUAACCGGAUAAAAUCACUUGCGCCAUAAAAUAAGUUUCAAGCCCAAUAGCACGAUAUGGUAGUUUGACUAGAAAUGUGCAACUGUUACUCGAGCACUCGAGUUAAUUUCGCGUACAAAGGAUUCGACGGACGUUUUUAAAGUGCAUUUGUUUGAAAAUUUCGGGUACGCUCCGUGUGGACUGCAUCGCCUGUCCGGGAGCACGCCUCACUCGGGGAGCACCUGUGACAGCCUGUUGAGAUUGCCUAGGCCCAGCUUGACAAACAAGGGCGCUGACUAGAGUGUAGUAGCUUAGUGUCCAGCGCGGGACUACUCUAGGGCAUUGUAAUAAUAGCUGUGUACGAAUGUUUAGUGACGCGACCGGUCCCAUAUUGUUGUCCUGAUGAGUUUCGGCUGGUGUUUGAAAGCAUAUUGAUUGUUACGUCGAAUACAAAUUGUAAAUGUUAUCUAAUCUUUAUUGGCUGAGAAUAGUAAAAGUUUGUGAAUGAUGUCAUGUUAUAAAGAAGUUUGAAUACAUAUUACUUUGAAUUUUCAA